AUGUCCCGAGCAUCUUCCCCUAGGGGAUUUGCCCUCAAAUCGUGGGCCAAACCCAAAUGGGCCAGCCUCGUCAUGGUCGGAAUCGCACUCGCCAUGGGUGUGUCGGCUGAUUCUAACCAAGCCGACCAGAACCUUGGAAGUGUGAUCGGUAUCGAUCUUGGAACUACUUAUUCUUGUGUGGGUGUUCAAGAGCGAGGUCGAGUCGAAAUUCUGACUAAUGACCAGGGUAACCGAAUCACUCCAUCCUACGUGGCCUUCAACUCUGAAGGUGAGAGAUUGAUCGGAGACGCCGCCAAGAACCAGGCUGCCUCCAACCCAACCAACACGAUCUACGAUGCCAAGCGAUUGAUUGGCCGUAAAUUCAACGACGCCGAUGUCCAACGUGACAUGAAACUGUACCCAUUCAAGGUCGUCAAGAAGGGAGACAAACCCGUCCUUCAAGUCGAAUUCAAGGGCGAGAAACGGACCUUCACUCCUGAAGAAAUCUCCGCUAUGGUCCUCGGUAAAAUGAAGGAGACCGCCGAAGCCUACUUGGGCAAAAAAGUCACCCACGCCGUCGUUACCGUUCCCGCCUAUUUCAAUGACGCCCAGCGUCAAGCCACCAAGGAUGCCGGUACGAUCGCCGGUCUCAACGUUCUCCGAAUCGUCAACGAACCGACGGCCGCAGCGAUUGCCUACGGCCUCGACCGGACCAAGGGCGAGCACCAGAUCAUCGUCUACGACUUGGGAGGCGGAACCUUUGAUGUCUCGCUCCUGUCGAUCGACGAGGGUGUCUUCGAGGUCUUGGCUACCGCCGGUGACACCCAUCUCGGAGGAGAGGACUUCGACAACCGAGUUAUCGACUACUUCAUCCAGCUCUGGAAGCGCAAACAUAACGGCGAGGAUAUCACCACUAAUCUCCGUACCAUGGGCAAGCUGAAACGUGACGUCGAGAAACUCAAACGUACCCUCUCCAGCCAACAGUCCGCUCGCAUCGAAAUCGAUAGCUUCUUUAACGGCAAAGACCUUUCCGAAACUCUUACCCGAGCUAAGUUCGAGGAGCUCAACAUUGACCUGUUCCGAAAGACCAUGAAACCCGUUGAACAAGUACUCAAGGAUGCCAACGUUAAGAAGGAUGCCAUUCACGAUGUCGUCUUAGUUGGUGGAUCGACCCGUAUCCCGAAAGUUCAGGAAUUACUCAAAGACUACUUUGACGGUAAAGAGCCAUCGAAGGGUAUCAACCCCGAUGAGGCUGUUGCCUUCGGUGCUGCCGUUCAGGGAGGAAUCUUAUCUGGUGAAGAAGGCAACGAGGACCUCGUUCUGAUCGAUGUCUGCCCCCUGACUCUGGGUAUCGAGACCACCGGUGGUGUGAUGACCAAGUUGAUCGACCGAAACACCGUCGUGCCCACCAAGAAAUCCCAGAUCUUCUCGACCGCCUCUGACAACCAGCCUACCGUCUUGAUCCAAGUCUACGAGGGUGAACGUACGAUGACCAAGGACAACCACCAACUUGGCAAGUUCGAGCUCUCGGGCAUUCCCCCGGCCCCCAAGGGUGUCCCUCAAGUCGAAGUCACCUUCGAGGUGGACGCCAACGGUAUCAUGAAAGUCUCGGCCGCUGACAAGGGCAGUGGGCGAGUUGAAUCCAUCACUAUUACUAAUGACAAGGGCCGAUUGAGUCAAGACGAUAUUGACCGAAUGGUUAAGGAGGCCGCUGAGUUCGCCGACCAAGAUGAAGCGCUGAAGAAGAAGAUCGAAUCGCGAAACGCAUUUGAGAACUUUAUCUACACGAUCAAGAACCAAUUAGCUGACAAGGACGGGAUGGGAGGCAAGCUAGAGGCCGAGGACAAGAAGACGAUCCAAGCCGAGAUCAAGAAGGCCCAGGAAUGGAUGGACAUCAACACCACAACGGCCACCGCUGAAGAGUUCGACGAACAGCGCGAGGCCCUCCAGGCCGUUAUCUCUCCCAUCACCUCGAAGCUCUACGCUUCUGGUGGCGGCGAGGAACCGCUCGGAUCUCAUGACGAGUUGUAG